GGAGGAGAAAAGAUUUUUCUCUUCGACGCUAUUGAAUCUCGCUCGGUCACUAGCUAAUGCAACACCUCCAUCAUGGGACAAGGUGAGUCGUUUGAUGGCGCUAUGUCCACGACCGAAUUCAAAGGGAUUUUAUGUUCUAGAUCAACGAAAGCAAGAUGCUGUUAUAGCACUUGGUAUCUUUCUAUUAGAAUCAGGAUUUCAGUUCAAGGAAAAAAUUGUAUCAUAUUUACUGGCUGUGUUGAAAGCAUUUCCCAGAGCAAUAUGGAUUGAAGACCCAAUACUUCAUGUUAAAGGAUACUUACCAAGCAGUGAAGUGUUUAGUUUCUGUUUGACAACGUUGCUUAGCGAUGUUGCAGCGGACGAUGAUGAACUCACAGGAAAGAUUCUUCAAAGCCAGCUUGAAGUAUUUCAAGAACUAUGCACUGUAUGUCAGAGCCCAAGUGCUGGCGAGAUUACAAGACAUGACCUGUGCAGAGAUAUAGUGCCAGUGCUUAUUGGAAUGGCAAGGGCACUUGGCCGUUCCAGCAGUGAUGAAACACCACUUCUUUGCCAGUUAUUCACCACACCAGUUCCAUCAACAAAUGAAAAUACAGGAGAUGAAAAAGCUCAGAAAGUAAUGAACAAAGAAGUGUUGAAGUUUUUAGACAAUGCACUGUUGGAUCAACUCGGAGAAAGGAAUGCUGACAGAACUUUCAUUUAUCAUAGUUUUAGUGAAACAAUCAAUGUUGCCAUGGUAACACUCUUGCGCUAUCUUCUUCAUCAUCAAGAAGAUUUACCCACUAGCUUCACAGUAGAUGUGCAGUCCUUCAUUAGAGAUCUGUUUUUAUCUGGGCAGACAGAACUACAGAACAGAAGUCAGGAUACUAUGAGUCAGAGCAGAAAGACACUAAAUACAUUUUCGCUGGCAGUUAAUGCUAAUGCUGCCUGUGUGGAUUUAUUAGUUUGGGCAGUGAAGGAAGAGACAGGUGCUGAUGGGUUAAUAGGUAGAUUGACUGAAAAGUUGAAUUCCAGUAUGGGAACAAAACAAGUUUUAGCACACAUGCCUCUAAUGAUGUGUUGUUUAGAGGGUCUUGGUACAGUAGCUGAGAAGUUUCCAAUUAUGUCCCACAUGAGCAUUCAUGCACUGGAAGAUUUCCUGGUGAACCCAUCACCUGUUUUGUUAAAACUCCACAAACAACACAAUUUGAGUGCCUCUGGUCUCAAGGUCACUGUUGCUGGGCAGUCAGCCAUGUUUUCAAGUCGCUCAUGCGCUGAUCAGUCACCAUUUGAAAAACUACGAGACUCUGCAAUACACAACCUCUGUAGAUCAUUAAAAGCUGGGUUACAUGAGAGUUCAGAUUGCGUGCAGGCAUUUUUAGCAUCAGUGUCAAAUCGAUUGUAUACAGCAGAAACAAGUGAAAGGGAGUCUUCUUUAAUAUCUAUCAAUACAAUCUUGACUCUGGGCCAUGUUGCUGUGACGUUGAGAAACACACCAAAAACAAUGGAGAGCAUCUUUCAAAUAUUUCAACAUCGUUUUUGUCAUCCGCCAUCACCAUUAGACGUACUAAUUGUUGAUAUGCUAGGCUGUAUGAUAAUCAGCGGCUCCUCGUCCAUUUAUCAGGAUGUUAUGAACAUGUUCAUCCAGAUUAGCGUCCAGGCUGGAUCUGCAACUUAUUCCCGUGGUGGCACUGAUGACAGAACACAUGGAUACAGGCACUGUUCAUUAGCUGUUAUCAAUGCCCUAGCAAACAUCGCUGCAAAUCUAGAGGGCGAAAUUGAACAACAUGAACUGCUUGUGAGACUGCUGGAGUUGUUUGUACAGUUGGGCUUAGAGGGUAAAAGAGCCAGUGAGAAGUCAACAACUAUGAAGGCAUCAAGUAGUGCUGGUAAUUUAGGUGUACUCAUCCCAGUUUUGGCAUUGCUUGUGAAAAGACUUCCACCAAUCAGUAAUCCCAAACCUCGUUUACAUAAAUUAUUUCGUGAUUUCUGGUUGUACUGUGUUGUCAUGGGGUUUGCAAACUCUAGUUUGUGGCCGAGAGAAUGGUAUGAUGGAGUACGUGUCAUAGCAACCAAGUCUCCGUUACUUACGUUAGCUGGUGGAGAACAUCUCAGAUCAGAGUUACAGUAUAACUCGGCAUUACGAAAUGAUACCUUGAAUGAACUACGUCAAACUAUUCUCAGUCUCUUGGAGCAUCCACCUGAAGUUAUUCCACUGGUCAACAAACUUAGCUUUGCGCAGUGUACAUACCUUCUGUCUGUGUUUCGUAUGGAAACGUUACGUGUACAGAAUCUUGCUGAUGACUUUCACAUAAUGUUUCGGUAUCUUGAGGACAAGGCUAUCCAGAAGGACAAAGCUGGUAUGUGGCAGUGUUUGUCUGCGAUCUCAGAUCAAGUUUUUAAAAUGUUCCUGAACUUGAUGGAAAAAAGGCCAAGAACUGAAGUGAGAGACCGAGAACUGGAAACCCAUGCACAAUUCCUGCUUGUCAAAUUUAAUCAUGUUUUGAGAAGAAUAAGAAAAGUUGCUGACAGAUAUUUAUCUGGAUUAGUUGACAAAUUUCCUCAUUUACUGUGGAAUGGAAGAGUUGUAACUACAAUGCUGGACAUACUACAGCUCUUGUCAAAGUCUUUGGAAGAUGAACCAACACAGGAAGCUACAGUUGUACAAGUACCUAAUACUCAGUUCACAGUGACUGUUAUGGAUACUAUGGAGGCUAGAGAGACUAUAGUCCGUGAUUUUUCAGCUCGAUGUAGUGGUAUUCUACAAGAGGCAGUAAAAUGGGCCCCUAAUCCUACUAGAUCACACUUACAGCAAUAUUUAGUUGAACGAGAGAAUUCCAGCGAUGGUUCUUUUCAACAUAGUGGUCUGGCUUUGGCUACAGAAAGCGCUCUUCAAUUUGCAGGAUAUAAUAAAUCAGUUAGUGGUUCUUCUCUAGAUAAAAGGCCAGGCUGCGUAAAGAACAAUUCAUCUAGUUUUGUAUCUGUCGUGAGUCUAAGAAGUAGAUACACUGGCGAAGUAACUGGGAUGAAAGCCAUUUAUGAGAACUCAGACAUGCCUUUGAACUUGGCAGUGAUUUUAAUCAAACAGCUACAGAAGGCAUGUAAUGCUGGAUCUGAAGAAGACUUAGCACACUCACUGUUUAGAGUGUGUGCACUGUUAAUUUCUAGCAAAGGUCUCAAUCGACAGCUUCUACAUCACUUGUGUUGGGCUCCAAUACGGGUAUUUACAGCCUCAACAUUGGACACUGCUGUUGCAUGCUGGGAAUGGUUAUUGGCAGCAAGACAUGAUCUAGAAUUGCAGUUUACUCAGGAGAUGGUGGCUGCAUGGAAGAUGACAGUGGACAUGAAACUUGGAAUAUUUGAACCAGACAAACCUGAUGGAAAUCCUUUAAGCUUUGCUGAUCAUGAAGUACCAGCCCCCAAUCCACCAAAUGUGGCACCACACCAGAUAUGGACAACGUUUUUACAUCAAAGAUUUGAAGCUAUCAAAUAUUCAAGUAUGGAUCAGGUUGAGAUGUUUGCAAUAUUGCUACAUCAUUCUUUAUCUCUCAACGUUGGGUGUCAACCAAGUCACAUGAGUCGUCAUAUAGCAGCGGUAGACACCAGGUAUCGACUAUUGACAAUGGGUAUGUCAAUGUUGCAAGGUGACGUGUUGCCACAAUCAACCAAGAAAAAUGUACUCCGUGAGAGAGUCUACUCGGCAGCAUUUGAUUAUUUUACUGCCACGGCUAAAUGUCCAACUCAGACGUCGGCAGAAUUGAAGGAAGACAUCAGAAUCUUGAUAAAAUUCUGGCAAACUAUGCAUUCGGAUAAGAAGUAUCUAAUGUACAGUAACGUUAGUAACACAGAUCCGACUCCAGAUUCUGGUCUUGGUUCUACAUUAAGCACAGUGCCAGUAGACUUGAGGGCGAGUUCGGAAAUACAUCGUCAACCUGGAGGAUGGAUUAACACAGCACAACUAACUAGUAACAUGUCGGUUAUUUCAAAACGUUCGUCAACCAUGACAAGAAAAAGUGCUGGGGGCACAGAUUAUUUGGUAAAAGAUUACAUGAAGAGGAGGAAUUUUAUUCUUUCUCUUCUGGCGAAUGAGAUAGACCGUCUGACCACAUGGACCAAUCCCCUUGGACAGCAAGAUUUAAAUUUAGAUGGAGAGGAUACCAUAGCUACGUGGAGAGCUCAGAUGGUGUCUGACAGAACAUGGAGAGAUAUGGUGAGACUAGCAUGGGAAAUAUCACCAUAUUUGGCAUGUGAACUCCCUAGAAGAUUCAAGAGUACAGAUGCUGUCAGAAGAGAGGUAAUCCGAUUGGUGCGUCUUGAUCCACUGGCUGUCAUUGAUUGUACAGAGAAUAUACAUUAUCUUGUAACGGAGCACAGUGUGGAAGCGGAUGCCCCUGAGAUAACAAACGCUCUAAUCUGGAAGCCUGUCGCGCCAAUUGAUGCCUUAGCCUAUCUGUCACGCCAGUUUCCAACCCAUCCAUUAACAGCGCAGUAUGCCAUUCGUGUAUUGAGGUCAACUCCACCCGAAUUACUUCUAUUUCUUGUCCCACAGCUGGUACAAGCUGUUAGAUAUGAUAUUUUUGGUUAUGUGUCAGAAUUUCUUCUUUGGAUUGCCAAGAAAUCUCCAUUACUUGCUCAUCAGCUGAUUUGGAACAUUAAAACUAAUAUUUAUACGGAUGAAGACGGCAAAAACCGUGAUGGCGAGUUUGCUGAUCAAAUUGAAGCCAUUAUGAAUUAUAUCACCAAGGUCCUAUCUGGUCCUGCCAAAGAUUUUUACGAAAGAGAAUUUGAUUUUUUUGGUAAAAUAACAGCAAUAUCGGGGCAAAUAAGGCGUUUUCCAAAAGGUGUGGAAAGAAAGAACGCUUGUUUGAAAGAGUUGGCCAAGAUUGAAGUAGUUCCAGGGUGUUAUUUACCAAGUAACCCAGAAGGACUUGUUGUGGAUAUUGAUCACAAAUCAGGAACUCCUAUGCAGAGUGCUGCUAAGGCACCGUUUUUAGCCAAGUUCAAGGUGCAGAAAGUUGGUGUACACGAGUUAGAAGUGUAUGGUUUACAGGGUGGUAUCAAGAAAGGCUCUGACAUGGGUCUCCUACUGUGGCAAGCUUGUAUAUUCAAAGUAGGGGAUGAUGUCAGACAGGAUAUGUUGGCUUUGCAGAUUAUCUCCAUAUUUAAAAACAUCUUUAAGUCAGUGGGUUUAGAUUUGUAUCUGGUGCCAUACAGGGUAGUAGCCACCUCACCAGGGUGUGGAAUAAUUGAAUGUGUACCUGAUUGCAAAUCACGAGACCAGCUUGGCAAACAGACAGACUUUGGAAUGUAUGAAUACUUUACAACGAUAUACGGUGAUGAAACUACACAAAAAUUCCAAAAGGCAAGACGUAAUUUUAUACAGAGUAUGGCAGCAUACAGUGUUAUUGGUUUUUUACUGCAAAUAAAAGACAGACAUAAUGGCAAUAUAAUGCUUGACACAGAGGGACACAUCAUACAUAUUGAUUUUGGUUUUAUGUUUGAGAGUUCUCCUGGUGGUAAUUUAGGAUGGGAACCGGACAUCAAGUUGACAGAGGAAAUGGUCAUGAUUAUGGGUGGUAAGAUGGAAUCACCACCGUUCAAAUGGUUCAUGGAAUUAUGUGUACAGGCAUUCUUAGCUGUCAGGCCUUAUCAAGAAUCAAUCGUGUCUUUAGUAUCACUAAUGUUAGACACUGGUCUUCCAUGUUUUCGGGGUCAAACCGUCAAACUAUUAAGGCAACGGUUUGCACCGACUCAGAGUGAGAAGGAAGCUGCUAACUUCAUGAUCAAAGUCAUCAGGGAUUCACAUUUAAGCAUGAGGAGUCGAACUUAUGACAUGAUCCAAUAUUAUCAAAAUCAAAUUCCCUAUUAGUGUGACCAUUCGGGGGAAUGGAACAAUGAAUUUGAUGUGAUCAAAGAGGAAAUGCAACAAGGGAAUGCUGAAUGAAUGAAUUAAUUGAGUACAGCAGUUUACUAGAGUGCUGAAACAACGAUAGUAUUGUUGAACCAGUCUGUAAAAUUAAAUUGGUGAAACACUUUCUAAACAAAUUUUGUAGUGUAUAUCCUGGUGCUUAUCAAAUACUUGGGGCCAAAAUCCUUCAUGAUUUUGUGAAAUAUAAAUAUAUCACUUUUAGUUUAUGGUUGAUCCACAUGGUUGCAAUUUUUAAAAUGCAAGAAUUCCAUUGGCUUUAAAUUUAAAUCAACUCUGUUUUCUGGAAUAUUGCUUUAUUGUUAAUUGCGACAAAAUCAGAAGAAGAGUUGCAUGGCAACACAAAGAAACUGAUUACAUAUUAAAUUUGAAUAUCUGUAAUAAACAGUUGGUGAUAAAGUAGUGUAUUUUAGUUGAUUUUAGUCAAGUACAAUAUUUACUACUGUUCUAUGCUUCAAGUGCAAUAAUUUUGCAAUAAUUUUAAAAUGUCUUUGUUUGUAAAUAUUUAUUUUUUAAAUAUAACCCUCACAUUAAACUAUAGAUAAUUACAGAAGUGUAUCUCAAUUUGAGAAAUAAAAUAGACUUCUUUAAUUGGUUAAUUCCUAGUCACAUGAUACAAAUGUACCUGUUUUAAGCAGAAUAUCGCUAUACUAGUAUAUGGAGCAUGCUCAUGGAUAUAAAUAAAAGCACAAUAUUAAUAUAAUUACUAUUUUUUCACCAGAUUUAGAUGAUUAACAUACCUUAAUAGAUAUUUUCUAAAAUUAACUAAAUUUAGAGAUGUACCUUUAUGUAAAACAAAUGUAGAGUAUAAUAUUCAAUUUAUUGACACCAUUGUUACAAAAUUAAUGGCUUCAUGUAUGGAGUCUGAGAAGGUUUUUGUUUUCAGUUAUGAUAUUAUUGGGGUACAACACCUGUUUGAUUUGCUCCUCAUCAGUUUAGUAUCAUAUAAUUAUUAGUCAUAUAUGUAUAUAGAUGUCCCUUAAAAAAACGCAAAUUUGGUUUAUGCAUGUCAUUUACUCGCACUGGUUUUUUGGACAUCAAUAUUUCAGAAUGCAGGAAAGCUUCACCAAUUGAGGGCGCUAUAUUGAAGUUUUCUUGUGUUGAUGGUUUUUCAUUGGAGACCAUUAUUUGAAUAUAUUUUCUAGUAGUUCAAUUAAAGGGUGGUGGUUGUCGCGCCACA